AAAAUCAAAUAAAAAUAUCAAAAAAAAUAAAAAAAAUAAAACCAACUCAUUACUAAGAUUUCUAGAAGACGAGGGGUAUCGUGCGAUUUAUCGAAAACAAUCGCGCGUUUCCGACAGGAAAUGGAAGGGUUAAGGGCAUAUAUGGGAUAGAAUAUGGAAUAUCCCGGUGGUAGUAUCGUAAAGAAUUUUUCUUCCUUCUCACUCAUAUGCCCAUCUCGACGUUUAUAAAUGCUGCAUCUGCCUGAAUAUAAUUCCCCUUCUUGCUCCUCUACAUCAAUUCUCGAUCCAUUGAAAAGAGAUCUUACGCACCCAUCAGCCAUGUCAGAAACAGAACCUCAUCGGCACCUGUGGAGAAGACAGCGCCUGCAGGUACCGCUCGGAGUUAAUUUCAGACAGCAGCAACUUCAGAGAGCGAUGAACACUCUCCAGCGCAUGAAAGUGACGGCGGCAGCUAUGAAGAUGAAGACGAAACGCAUGAAGAAGUCCCACAAGAAAGCAAAAGUAGCGCUGAGAAGGAUGGAAGCAGAGUACACAAAGCUGAGAGCAGAGAGCAGGCACGCUUUGGAGGAGAGUGAGCGUACUCAAGUUUACUAUGACACAACAGUGACUCUGUUGUUUUGCCCUGGUGGAUCAGCUGCAGGCCUCUCUCCGGUUGAUUAUUUUCCCCGAACUUCUCUUAAUAUUUCUUUCUAAACUUGAUCGUGUCUUCCAUUUUAAAUGUUUUCUUCUCUCAUUUGCUUUGUGAUGAUUUCUAAACCUCUAAUGACUAAGAGUUCAAAUUAAUAACUCUAUUAUCAUAUAUACUACUGAUUGAUGAUAAAUUUUUGUGUGUUUUGAAGUGAACUGAUGAUGAUAUAGGAGAAUUCGAUUUGGAAGAAAAGCACUUGGAAAGGAUGAAGAAUAUUCUAUGAGGUUGUUUUCCUAUGGGAUCGAGGGGGAAUCGGAAAAAAAAAAAUGAAAAGAAAAAAAAAGGUAAGAAUGGUAUGUGUUAAUAAUUACUUUUACCACUCAUCCAAUUGGACACUGGUUAUCCUAUUAUAUUGUUGCUUUGAAUAUUUGUCUUCUCUUCUUUAGAAAUAUGUGGGUGUUUGAUAUGAUCUCCCUUUGUUUAUGAAUAAGUACUCCUACUAUAUGGGUUUCUUAUUGUAUUUUCUUUUCAUAUGAUCUAUAUGUAGAUAUUAUAUCAGUGUUCAUGAUUUGC